GCCUGUUUUCCUCUAUGACUAAAAAGAAAGCGAGAAGUACAGAGAGGAAGCUUCAGUUUAGCUUUAGUCAUACGCAAUCACUUUGAAGACAAAUUAAAAACAGAGCGGGAGAGCUGAAUGUUGACUGAAAGAGGGAGCACAUCCAUGCUACAAAACUGCAGAAGAAGGACUGAAAGAAAAACUAAGCGAGAAAAAGGGACUAUGACAACAAUAAAAUAAACACAGAGGAUUGCUUACAAAUUGUGUUCCUAGACCAUACAAAGAGAAACAUCAGAAAAGGCGUUGUAAAGUUCAGGAGUGCAUUGCUGCUUUACGUCAGAGUUUUAUACGCUGACACGCAUCUGAAAAUUGGAAACAGAUAUUGGGAGUCUGUCUGAAAAACAAAGAAAGACGAGGAUAAAAACUAAUUUCAUCAACGUGAACCAUGCUGAUAAAGGAGUAUCGGAUAUGCAUGCCUCUUACAGUCGAUGAGUAUAGAAUCGGUCAGCUGUAUAUGAUCAGCAAGCACAGCAAUGAACAAAGCGGUGGAGGUGAAGGGGUGGAGGUCGUCCGCAAUGAGCCAUGCACAGAUCCCAAACACGGAGCCGGCCAGAUCACAGAGAAACGAAUCUACCUCAACAGCAAAUUGCCCACCUGGAUGAGCAAGUUUAUUCCCAUGGUUUUUUAUGUGACAGAAACAGCUUGGAAUUUCUAUCCUUACACCAUAACAGAGUACACGUGUUCCUUCCUUCCAAGGCUCAACGUCAAGAUUGAAACCCACUUCAAGAACGACAAUGGGUGCAGCCCAAAUGUGUUUGAUGAUAAGCCCACCCCAAAGGACAGUGUCUGCUUUUUAGACAUUUUGAGUGAUCCAAUCCCUGAGAAGCAUUACAAGUCAACAGAGGAUCUAAACAAUUGGGUAUCAGAGAAAACAGGUCGGGGACCCCUAGUGGACGGAUGGAGGAACACCAGUAAUCCUAUCAUGUGCUCCUACAAGAGAGUCACCUGUAGCUUUGAGGUCUAUGGCUUCCAGGGAAGAACAGAGGAGUUCAUUCACAGGAACAUUCGUGACAUUCUGUUGGUGGGACACAGACAGGCCGUGGCAUGGAUUGACGAGUGGCAUGGAAUGACGCUCGAAAAGGUGAGAGAGUAUGAGAAGAUAUCGCAGGAGGAAACCAACAGCAAACUGAAGAAUGAUAUCACAUGCACAGAUUCCACAAAGCGCCCAACCUUCACACGCUCCAUCUCUGUUACGGAUGAAUCGUCACUGAAAAAGAUGGGGGUGAAGACCCUGGACAUCCCAGACUCGUCAUCCUGCACAUCAUCUCUCAAGAGCCCUAUGAGAUUACACUCUACUCCGGAGUAAAACCCCUCAACCUGUUUACACCCCACGAAUACAGAUCUGUCUGAACCUCUGCCACUUCAAUUUCAUGGAACCAUGACAGAUCAUCAUUUAUCAAAAUCCUGGACUACCGCUACAAAACAGGCAUGAACGAAUAAAAUAACAUUCCAUGUUGUAUACUAGAAAUAUGAACAUUUACUCUCAAAUAUGUGAAUAUGUAAUUGUUUAUCGCAUUCCUCAUGGAGAGCAUUGUAAAUGAAUAGGUUUGCAGAUGGAAGUGGUUUGUUACACAGACCCACAUGACUGAGAGAGAGAACCAGCAAUCUGCUCCAGUGAGACAACUAGUUGAAAUUAUGGGUGGGUUUCUGGCCUUUGAUCCUGCAUAAUAACUGAUCUUAUAGUCGCACAGGACAUUUGGGAUCUUUAUCAAUAGUACUCAGGGUGAUAAGACUAAAACGGAUGAAUUGUAAGCUUUGUUGUAUAAGGGUAAACAUUACACCUGGAAUUGUGAAGAUGCCCAUUCACACUAUGGACAAUAAUGAUAACAGUUAAGAUUAAGCUUUAAAAACUGUUUGAA